AUUUGGCGGGAGUUUUUUAUUUAGUGAAAUGUAUAUUCUGCGUCGUGUUGUUUGGUCUUGUCGUUCAUUUUCACGCAAAAUGCAUAAAAAUACCUCUUUUAAAUCGUUUAUAUUCUUCGAUCUCGAAACUACCGGCCUCCAAAGACCGAUAGAGAUAACAGAACUUUGUUUUAUCGCGAUCCAUAAGAAGCAACUACUCUUAUCGUCCUUAAACUCGAAGAAAACCAUUCCAAGACUCGUGGAUAAAAUGUCUGUUUGCGUUCGCCCUGUACAAGAUAUUGAACCAGGAGCAGAAAGUCUUACUGGAUUAUCCAACGAGGAUCUUGAUCAGCAUAAAGGAUUCAAUGAAGAACUCGCCAAAAACGUUUUAUCGUUCAUCCUUCGACAACCACAACCAUCUUGUUUGGUAGCGCACAGCGGCGAUCGGUUCGACUUCGAAAUCCUCGCUUCAGAGUUUGCCGAAGUUGGACUAGAAUUUCCUCCACACAUCAAAGUCUCGGAUUCAUAUAAAGCUUUCAAGAAUUUGCACCAAGAAACAGUCCAUCCUAUAAUGCGAAGGGGAGAAGAGUGUUCUAAGCAUUUGAAUGUUUUUACGCUUCCAAAGAAGGUAUCUUUCAGUCUUGGCAACCUUUACGAGAGGCAGUUUGGAAAAGAGAUCACUGAUAGCCACACUGCAGAAGGAGAUAGCUUAGCUUUGUUAGAACUUGUUGUUGCGAAGCCCGAAGUUCUGGAUUAUUUAGAAGAAGGAUCGCAUUCCAUGGGCUGUGGAAGCAAAAAUCCGGGGUUGAGUGAAGUAAGAACCGACCCAGUCAAAGAGAACGGGCAACAUGCCAACAAAGGAAAAGAAAGCUGUAGCAAAACACUGGCAGUUGAAAUACAUGAGGAAUAUUUUGGUCUUCUUGAAAAAGAAGGAUUACUAGAUAACAUCAAACAGUAAAAUAACUGCACGAAAAACUCAUAGCUAGUAAAACAAGUAGUUUUUAAUCAAAUAAUUUGCAAUGGAAACAUUAAUUUUGAAAGCUUGAACAACCAUUACAUAUAAAUAUGAAGUGAACUUGGUGAAUGUUCUCUUAUUCUUACACGGUAUAUUUAU